AUGAGGGUGCUCCUGGCCACGCCCACGAUGACGCUGGCCAUCGCUGGUGCGUUGCGGCGGCUGCUGCCCACGGUGGCCGUGAGCUUGUUCACUCUGAUAUCCCUCUUCGUGUAUGAGCUCUCGCGAUCCGCUAGGCCGACGGCAGCAUCCAACGGCGCGGGCACUCUCUUCGUCGCCGGGCCGACUGGCGCUGACCAUCUGGUCUUGCUCUGCGCCGGGUUCCCGGACGACCACUCCUCGCUUGCGCCGCUCGCACGGCGGCUCGCGGAGCGCGGCUGCCUCGUCGGAGUGUGCUCGAUGCCCGAGUUUGAACGCGAGGGGCCGCUGCUGCGGCCGCAGGGCUACACGCUCGACGAGAUCCCGCAGGCCUUUGCGCAGGCGGCGGCGGCCCUUCGUGCGCAGAGCACGCGGCGCAGCGCGCUGUACGCUGGCCGGAGCAGCAGGGCCGCGUCAGAUACAACCACCCUCUCCGUUGUUGUGCAUGACUGGGCCAUUUACCCGGGGCUGGCGUUCGCGAACAACUUUGGCUGCGAUAAGCUCGUGCUGUUUGACGUGAUCCACGCGACGGACCUCAUGCACAGCGCGUCGGACGGCACCGUCUCUCUCUGCCGGCCAGAGAGCCUGAGGCACGAGGCGAUCCACCUGCUCUAUUGGGCCAGCCUCGGCGCAUGCUUCUUCCUUUGGCGCCGCUGUGCGCCGGUCGGUUGGCUUUGCCUCUAUACCGUCUUUUUCGUCGCCUGGCUCUGCCCCUUCCUCUCGCCGCUCGGGCCUCUCGAUUGGGGCGGGCGUGCGUUUGGGCCCACAGGGCUCCGCCCUUGGCAGGAGCCAAACGGGGAGGCGACUGCCUCCAAGGCCGUCACGCCCUACCGCUGCUACCCCUACUUCCACGCCCUCACCCUCCUCGCCGACCGGGAGGGCCGGAGACGCGCGCUUGCCAACGUCAGCCUCGCUUCGGCGCUGAAGCGGCAGCCAAUCCUCUACGCGGCGCUCGACGCCUUGCGGCUGACGGAGGGCUGCUCCGUCGUCAGCGUCAAGGGCGCGGGGCACUGGGUCUAUAAGCAGGCGCCGGGGCCGUGCUUCGACGCCGUCGAGCGAUUCAUUCUGGGCUAG